GGAGAAUGGCAGCAAAGCGACCGAGCCCGUCGCCAGCGUCGGUGCUCGACAUCAUUCAAGUGCUCGUCUCCAUCGUCCAAUGUACGCUGUCGCCCUCGGACGUAGCAUCCUUUCUGCACGCGCUGCCACCAGCUACAUUGACGCCACCGCUCGCAGCCCUCGUCCAGCUCCUCAGCUCCCAGGAGCCAUCGAGUGUCUGGCCGAUGCCAAACCUCUGUGACGUCAACGAUACUCGGGCUGCUAAAAACACUCUGGUUACUGCCAUGCCCGUCUUCCACUCAAUGUCCAUCGGUCGCUUCUCGCAACACAACAUUGUGUUUCCGAUCACGGGCAUCAGCUUUGACGCCCCAUUUUGCCGCUUUGUCGCCAACUGGGCAACCAAGGUGACGCACGUUCAGCUUCUCAAGAGCCCUACCACAGACCAGCGCGAGGCGUGCUACAGCGUGCUGCGGCAGUGCACGAACCUCCAGCACGCGUUUCUUCCGUGUGAGACGCCGCUUCUCGACGCCAUCACGACGCCGGCCCACCGCGUGUCCGACCUUCGGCUCAAUCUCACUUCCAACAAAAGCGCUUAUACGUCUGACGUUGUGCCGGCCAUCGAGCGCUGGCUUGCGUCGGGCUACGCGCGGCACUUGGCGCUCACAUGGCUAACGACACCCGAUGCUCGUCUUGCGCAGGUUCUAGCGUCGUCGACGCCCUCAGACCUCGCGUUGUGUGUUUCUCCCGGUGUGGUUCAGAGCCUCGUCGCGAAUGGCAUCGCAUUGACACAUCUCAAGAAGCUUGAUCUCACCUGCGGCUCGAGUGCGCGUACGGCAGAUGGGUUUCGCCACCUUGCUCCGGUCCUCGACCUCCCAAACCUCAAGGAGCUCACACUCGAAAGCAAACGCGACGGCGCGUACUGUAUGCUUGUACUGCCGAGCAUGGUAUCGCUCCAAGACCUCUCACUCUGCGCCGUCGACCUCACCGAAGGAGAAAUGGCUCCCUUAUAUGGCCCAUAUGUGCUUUGUCGCGCUCGUUUUGACUACGUCAAUUUCUCAACAGCGAGCUUCGGCGCCGUGCUAGACUGGGCCCUUCGCUCCCCGCAGCUCGAAUCGAUUGCGUGGUCGAGCUGCAGCCACAUCGAAAAACGUAUCGACCAAGCGGCUCGUGCGAUGCAGCAGUGUAUCGCGGCCGGUGUGCGCCACUUAAGCUUUCGGCACUGCAAUAUCAACCGCACGAACGUUACGGUGCUUGCGGACGCCUUGGCAGGCACAUGCGCCCGAGAACCGUUCGAGAUGGACCUCUCUUUCAACACAUUCACGGUCCUUGGACAACGCUACCUCACAGCUGCGCUGGCAACAUGUACGAACAUCACGAUCCGCUUGGAAGGUCAAGUGUCCAAGUACUUUGCGGACGAGGAUCAAGUACAUGCCACGGAGAUCAGCGUCGCCAUCCGCUGCGAAGGUCUUUGCAUCUAUGUCUGCAGUCCCACACCACCUUCGUCGUCGACGUCCGCCUAAGUGGUCGACAGUAAUCGAACAGAACUCGUACGUGCGCUGCUGCAGGCGGACGUCGUUGGCAUGUGCCAUUACGUUCAACACUUGGUAUCAGCAGUGCCAGCUACGUUAGAGGUGCCACUGCCUUCGAUACGAAAGUACGCUUUCCCUCAGUGCA